ACAGUUGAGGAUGUUGUGAGUUUCAGCUCAGUGGAUUUGAGUCUUCCUGAGGACAGUGAGGCUCCCCGGUCCUACCACAAUGAUCAGACAUGACUGGACAGCUGGCUGCAUGGAAACAAACAGACGUCGAAGGAAGCAGACUGACUGAAGGCCAGAAGAUGAGUGUUUGUGUGGAGGAAGAGGAGGACAGAGCAGAGUCUCCAGGAUCCAGCUGUCUGUCUCUGAAGAGUGACUGGUCCAAAGCUGAUCCUCCAGACUUCAGUAAUGAACCUGGACCCUCAGACACAAAAGAGAGGAAGAGGAGUCAUGUUUCUGUGGAGGAGCAGCCGUCCUGCUGUGCUUUGUGUCAGGACUUCCUGAAGGAUCCAUUCUCUACCAGCUGUGGACACUGGUUCUGCAGACGGUGCAUCACCUCAUACUGGGACCAGUCUGCUUCAUCAGGAGACUCCUCCUGUCCCCAGUGUGGAAAAAGAUCCAGAACAAGACCUGGACUGCAGAACGCCAGUCAGACCAGCACUGUACAAACAGAUAGUGGUCUGCAGGAGGUUUUAGAUGAACACAAGAUCAGUCUGAGGAGGAGAUGUGAAUGUGUGACUGAAGGAAGUGAUGAAACAGGAAGUGGAACCCUCCUCAACAGGAUCUACACUGAGCUCUACAUCACAGAGGGACAGAGUGAAGAGGUUAAUACCCAACAUGAGGUGAGGCAGCAUGAGGCAGCUUCCAAGAUGGAGACCCUCCAUGACACUCCAAUCAAGUGCCACGACAUCUUUAAAUCCUUACCCGGCCAACAGGGACACAUCAGAGUCGUUCUGAUGAACGGCGUCGCUGGCGUUGGAAAAACCUUCUCAGUGCAGAAGUUCACUCUGGACUGGGCAGAGGGCUUGGAAAACCAAGACGUCAGUCUGCUGAUUCUGCUUUCGUUCAGGGAGCUGAACUUGAUCAGAGAUGAGCGGUACAGUCUUCUCGAGCUGCUCCAUGUUUUCCAUCCAACAUUACAGAAGCUCACAGCAGAGAAGCUCGCUGUCUGUAAACUUCUGUUCAUCUUUGACGGCCUGGAUGAAAGCAGACUUUCACUGGAUUUCCACAACAAUGAGGUUGUGUCUGAUGUCACACAGGAGUCAUCAGUCAACGUGCUGCUGACAAACCUCAUCGAGGGGAAUCUGCUUCCCUCGGCUCUCGUCUGGAUCACUUCCCGACCUGCAGCAGCCAAUCAGAUCCCUCCUUCAUGUGUUGGCAGGGUAACAGAAGUACGAGGCUUCACUGACGCCCAGAAGGAGGAGUACUUCAGGAGGAGAGUCAGUGAUGAAGAGCUGUCCAGCAGAAUCAUCUCCCACAUCAAGACAUCCAGGAGCCUCCGCAUCAUGUGUCUAAUCCCACUCUUCUGCUGGAUCACUGCUACAGUUCUGGAGCACGUGUUGACUACAGACCAGAGAGGAGAGCUGCCCAAGACCCUGACUGACCUGUACUCGCACUUCCUGCUGGUUCAGACAAAGAGGAAGAAGCAGAAGUAUGAUGAGGGACAUGAGACGAGUCCACAGGAGCUGACGGAGGCUGAUAGGAAGGUUCUUCUGAAGCUGGCGUUUGAACAGCUGAAGAAAGGAAACAUCAUGUUCUACCAAGAAGACCUGGAGCAGUGUGGUCUGGAUGUCUCAGAGACCUCGGUGUACUCAGGAGUUUGUACAGAGAUCUUCAGAAGAGAGAGUGUGAUCUUCCAGAAAACAGUCUACUGCUUUGUUCAUCUGAGCGUUCAGGAGUUUCUGGCUGCCGUCUACAUGUUCCACUGUUACACCAAGAGGAAUACAGAGGUACUGCAGGUUUUCCUGGGAAAGACAUCCCUGGAUGUCUUCCUGAGGAGCGCUGUGGAGAAAUCCUUUAAAAGUGAAAAUGGCCACCUGGACCUGUUUGUCCGCUUCCUUCAUGGCCUCUCUCUGGAGUCCAACCAGAGACUCUUAGGAGGCCUGCUGGGUCAGACAGACAACAGUCCAGAAAUCAUCCAGAAAGCCAUCAACAACCUGAAGAACAGGAACAUGUAUAAGAUCUCUCCUGACAGAAGCAUCAACAUCUUCCACUCUCUGAUGGAGAUGAACGACCACUCAGUACAUCAGGAGAUCCAAGAGUUCCUGAAGUUAGAGAACAGAUCAGAGAAGAAACUCUCUGUGAUCCACUGCUCAGCUCUGGCCUACAUGCUGCAGAUGUCAGAGGAGGUUCUGGAUGAGUUGGACCUAAAGAAGUACAACACAUCAGCGGAGGGACGACUGAGACUGAUUCCAGCUGUGAGGAACUGCAGACAGGCUGUACUUUCUGGCUGUGGACUCUCAGAGACGCACUGUGAAGUCGUGGCCUCAGCUCUGAAGUCCAACCCCUCCCUUCUGAGAGACCUGGACCUGAGUUAUAACAACCUGCAGGGUUCAGGAGUGAAGCUGCUGUCUGCUGGACUGGAGAGUCCAAACUGUAUACUGGAGACUCUGAGAUUGAGUCUCUGCAGUUUGUCAGAGAUCAGCUGUGCUUCUCUGGCCUCAGCUCUGAAGUCCAACCCCUCCCAUCUGAGAGAGCUACAGCUGAGCUACAACGACAAGCUGCAGGAUUCAGGAGUGAAGCUGCUGUGUGAUUUUCUGGAGAGUCCACACUGCAGACUGGAGACUCUGAGAUUGAGGGGCUGCAGUUUGUCAGAGAUCAGCUCUGCUUCUCUGGCCUCAGCUCUGAAGUCCAACCCCUCCCAUCUGAGAGAGCUGGACCUGAGUCUCAACAAGCUGCAGGAUUCAGGAGUGAAGCUGCUGUGUGAUUUUCUGGAGAGUCCAAACUGCAGACUGGAGACUCUGAGAUUAAGUCGCUGCAAUUUGUCAGAGAUCAGCUGUGCUUCUCUGGCCUCAGCUCUGAAGUCCAACCCCUCCCAUCUGAGAGAGCUGGAGCUGAACUACAACAAGCUGCAGGAUUCAGGAGUGAAGCUGCUGUGUGAUUUUCUGGAGAGUCCACACUGCAGACUGGAGACUCUGAGAUUGAGGUGCUGCAGGUUGUCAGAGAUCAGCUGUGCUUCUCUGGCCUCAGCUCUGAAGUCCAACCCCUCCCAUCUGAGAGAGCUGGAGCUGAGUCACAACGAGCUGCAGGAUUCAGGAGUGAAGCUGCUGUCUGCUGGACUGGAGAGUCCAAACUGCAGACUGGAGACUCUGAGAUUGAGAGACUGCAGUUUGUCAGAGAUCAGCUGUGCUUCUCUGGUCUCAGCUCUGAAGUCCAACCCCUCCCAUCUGAGAGAGCUGGAGCUGAGUGACAACGAGCUGCAGGAUUCAGGAGUGAAGCUGCUGUCUGAUCUUGUGGAGAGUCCAAACUGCAGACUGGAGACUCUGAGAUGGAAGCCGUGGCCUCUGUCAGUGUAAGUGAUCAGAAAGGCGGUUGUGUUGAGAGGACCAGCUGUGUCCUGAUGAUCCAGAGGUUGAAGCAGCAGCUGGUGUGUGUGGAGAGGCUCUGACUGGGCCAUGUUACUGGGAGGUGGAGUGGAGAGGAGAGCUGACGGAGGAAUCACAACAAGUGGAGAUGAGUCUCAGUGCUGCAGUCUGAACUGCUCUGAGAUCAGCUCCACUGUCAGACACAAAGGCAAGUCCACCAUCGUCCCUGUGUGUUCCUCUGGAUGUGGCAGAGUAUCGUCAGUGGAUCUGGACUCUCUGCUGCUGCUCUGUCCUUCUACACCGUCUCUGCAGACACAGUGAGACUCCUCCAGUCCUUCUGCUCCACACUCAGCCACCUCCUCCACUUCCUCCACCUGCACCUGGACUUUAUUUAGUUUACACUUAUUUUAAUGGAUUUUUUCUGUUUUGCUCUCUGUUGCAGCUCCACCUUGUUGAAAGGUGGAGAGUUGCAGUUAAUUCCCACAUUAUAUUUCUAAUUAAUGGAAGUUGAUGUGAGAAAGCAGCAUCCAGCCUGCAUGCAUAAAGUUACCGCUCUGAAGUUCUGUUUUUUACCACCAAUGCCAGACUUUUCUCACAGUUUAACAGAUGAAUGUUUAUAACACACAGAAAGAAGAUAAAACCUGUAGAAAGUUUGUGUUGAACUGAAGCUUCACUUAGAUCUACAAACUCUUUUGACAUGAAAUGAAUCAGCAUUUCAUAAAUAAAAGUACUAAGUCUAAACUUCAGUGUCAUUAUUAGGGAUUAAGAUUAUGUACAUAUAUAUGUUUGUACCAUUUUCUCAUAGCGUGACAGUUGUAGAAAAACACAAACCCUAAUAUUCAAAUCAGAUUUUCUUCUCAUGUGAUGUAAAUCUCCACAAUCAAGCUUCUGUAAAUAUACUCGUCCUGCAUGUUGCUGUAAAUAAAGCCCCGGUGAUCUGGAA